UCUCUGCGACAGAGGGAGGUGUGAAGUCGCAGUACUGAUGAAUGAGUGUAUUUGUACUCUGUCCCCGUGUUUACUUUAUCGUGUUAUAACUGGGGCCACCGUUUCACUGUGGCAGGAGUUCUUUGGUAUGAAUACAAGUAAUCCUAUUUUGACGCAUUGACUUACAUUUGUACAGAAAAUACCAUUAUUAUAGCUCUAUGUUGACUACAGGCAUGUUUAUUCACCUGCGCAUGUCUAAUGUGGAUAUAUUGGGCUCUACCUGAAGUAACCAGAUCAUUAGGAGGGAAGGCAGCAAUACCACAACAUAGGAAUCAAGUGCUCACCCACAGGAUUGACAGCGGUUCACGCUUUACCCAGUCAUAUUGUGUGCAUCUGCCGGGACUGGUGGGAGGACGUCGGUACUGACUGCAGCACAUUGCGAUGCAGUGAGGGAGAAAUAAGGAUGCGAUGCCUGUGUGAGCUGCACGCCUGAGGACUCAGCAGCAGCAGCAGCAGAGUGGCAGGGAGGUGCUGCUGGAGUUUAUGCGCACACCUCUGGAGGCUGCUGCCGAAGAGGGCCGAGGUGUCUCUGCAGCGCCGCAGCUUUUCACAGGGAUACCGUCUCGAUACGUGACUUCGAGCCCAAAGCUGCCCUGGCUCGGGAUCUGAGAGGGAGGGAGGGAGGGGGGUAGCGCGGCACCCCGCCCGUCUCUCCUCAUUUGGACUGCAGGGAUAACGACCUAAACCGUGAUAUCCCCGCGCAGACACCACUGAGCAGGUGCUGGUGGCAGCGCUGUCAUCAUCCGUUCACCGCGUCUUCCAUCCCGCACCUCUGCGCAAAAGGUCCCCCUUGCUGUUGGAUAACAUGCAAGGACCAAAAAGACAAUGAUGGACCCUCUGCAUCAAGAGAAUAAACGCAUCACUGCUGAGGCUCGCAGAUGGUUUUUGUCAUCAGCCCCUUCAAAAGUUUUCUUCAAACAUGAGAGUUCCAGUUGAGUCAACGUAGAGAAAUCACUUCAACAACCAGCCUAGUCAAUAAGAAGCUCCAUCUCAUCUCCCCCUCGUCAGGGGCCGUCUCAGCAGCUCUUUUUACUUCUGGUUGUUGCUCCUUUACCAGCCGUUCAUCAUGCGUCCCUCCCUUGCCACAGCUGUCCUACCGCCCAGGACCCGUUCCCACAAUCCACCCAACCUUGCAGUCGGGGGCCGUGAACACCUGUCAGCGCCACGGAGGCGCAGUCCACAUCUCCGACAUACACUGAGUCCGGAAAACCUUCGAACUUUGGCAGAGAGGGGCGGAGCCUCUGUUGACACUGUGUCUGUUGUCAGCAGUCCCAUUGGACUUCCACGAGCUAACAGUGACACUGAUCUGGUGACCUCCCAGAGCCGGUCCUCGCUUACGGCAUCCACUUUGGAGUACACGCUGAACCGUGGCCAGAACCUCGUCAUUUCCUGGGAUAUCAAAGAGGAAGUGGAUGCUACCGACUGGAUUGGGCUGUACCACAUUGAUGAGACCAGUCCGUCCAACGUGUGGGACUGUAAAAACAGAGGGGUGAAUGGCACACAGAAGGGUCAGAUCGUUUGGAGGCUGGAGCCGGGGCCCUAUUUUAUGGAGCCUGAGACGAAGAUCUGCUUCAAAUACUACCACGGAGUGAGCGGGGCCCUCAGAGCCACGACACCCUGCAUCACCGUGAAGAACCCAGCUGUCCUGGCGGAGGGGCUGUCAGAACAGGUGGGCGUUGAACAUCCGAGAAAACUGAUCAGCUUUACUUUGACCGAUCUCCGUGCAACCGGCCUAAAGAAAGGGAUGUUUUUCAAUCCUGACCCGUACCUGAAGAUGUCCAUCCACCCCGGGAAGAGGAGCGUCUUCCCCAUCUUCAGUCAUCACGGACAAGAACGACGAUCAGCCAUCAUCGCUAACACCACCAACCCCGUCUGGCAUGGAGAGAAAUACACAUUUGUAGCACUAAUGACAGACAUCCUGUACAUCGAGGUAAAAGACAAGUUCGCCAAAAGUCGACCAAUCAUUAAGCGCUUUCUUGGCCAGCUUACCAUCCCUGUGCAGAGACUUAUCGAAAAAAUACCAGGAGUCCAGCCUGUAAGUUUCUCCCUGUGUAGGCGCCUGCCCACUGAACAUGUCAGCGGACACUUGCAGUUCAAAGUGGAGCUCACAUCGACUGGACCUGACGGUGCCUCCCCUGAUUCAAUCAUUGGCAUGUCAUCAUUGAACGGAGCUCCAGGGACUCCAUCAGACGAUGAAGACCUGCCUCAUCACCUUCCAGGAGUAAAUAUUGCAGGAGUGGUCUCUGCUGGUCCGUCUCCAACCGGCUCACAGGGUUCACAGGGUAUGUGGGAAGGCGGGGCAACGGCCUGUACAGAGAAGGACUUUUCUCUUAUUGGAGCUGAGGCAAGAUAUGUAGACGCUGAAAGCCUGUCAGGCCAUGAGACGCUCCAUAGGUCACUCAUUGAGGGCCUGGAUGCUAUUGAGGCACCCAAAGGUCCUGGUGAAAGACCUAUGGGUGCGGCUUCACCUAGACUGCGUUCUAGCUUCCCCACAAACACCAGGCUCAGCUCCAUGCUGCACAUCGAUUCAGACGAGGAUGACGAGAGGUCGGGGGCCAAUGACAUCACUCCCGUGCCGCUGUCACCGUUGCUGAUGAAUGGAGAGCCUCCGCAAGUCCACGAUGAGGACGACCCAUUUCCUGAGAUCCACCAGGAACCUGAGCAGCUGGAUUCCUCGGUGCUGCUGGAGGAGCCGGGGGGCGCAGGCUGUGCAGCAAUUGACUUACCCCCUGAUUUAGAGGUGGCUUUGGCGAUGGGGGCAGGUCUGGACUUUGACGACGUUUUGGAGCCGGACGUCUUUUCUGAAGUGGACGAGACUCCUUUCACAGAGGCGGUGUCCCAUAAUCCUUUGCCAGAGGGUGGAGAAGUUCCUGAGGAAGGAAGGGGGCCUCUUGAGGACCCCUCCUCAGAGAUUGACACCUGCUCUAUGGCAACAGCCCAGCAGACUGUUGCAUCAUCCUCAGAGAGCUGUCCAAUCACACUGACGACAGCUGUGGAAACGGAGGAGGGGGCGGAGACAGCCAUCGAUCCUGGGGGAGAUGUCGUCUCUAGCAUCCCACCGACCACUCAGGCUGUGGACGAUGAGGGCGGUGGGCAGGUCAGCGGUGGACAGGUCAGCGGUGGACAGGUCAGCGGUGGACAGGUCAGCGGUGGGCAGGUCAGCGGUGGACAGGUCAGCGGUGGACAGGUCAGCGGUGGGCAGGUUAGCGUCACUGAGGCUGCAGGAGAAGCUCCUCCAUCCAGCGAGCCAGCCCAAGCCCAGGCAGAGGAGGUCAGCGUGAGGAGGCUGAGCAUGCAGGCUUCUGGGGGUGUGGCUGAAGAACUGGAUGGAGUGGUGUCAAAGCCACAGGAGGAGGCGGGGUCUGCAGAUUCUGAGCAAGUCACCACGGAAACAGAUGGGGAAGACGGUUCCCCUGUAAAUGGCCACCCUGUACGUUCGCUUCCUUCUGUGCGUCAUGACAUCCACCGAUACCAGCGUGUGGACGAGCCUCUACCUCCCAAUUGGGAGGCUCGGAUUGACAGCCACGGCAGGAUCUUCUUUGUGGAUCACGUGAACAGAACCACCACAUGGCAGCGUCCCACCGGACCUCCUGCCCCGCAGGGCCUGACCCGAUCUAACUCCAUUCAGCAGAUGGAGCAACUCAAUCGCAGGUACCAGAGCAUCAGGAGGACCAUAACCAACAGUGAUCGGACAGAGGAGCCUCCUGCUGAGCCUCCUGAACCAGAAGGUGAUCUGAUGCCUCACUCCAUUUCUGAGUACAGACGAGAAAGUGCAGUCGCUCACUCCAGUGGUCGCUCGCGGCUCUCCCUGCUGCUGCAAUCACCCAGCGCCAAGUUCCUUUGCAGCCCCGACUUCUUCACCGUGCUGCAUUCAAACCCUAGUGCCUACCGCAUGUUUACGAGCAACACCUGCCUGAAGCACAUGGUCAGUAAGGUGCGCCGGGACGCUCAUUAUUUUGAGCGCUACCAGCACAACCGCGACCUCGUCACCUUCCUCAACAUGUUCUCCAACAAGCAGCUGGAGCUUCCCCGGGGCUGGGAGAUGAAGCACGAUCAUACUGGCAAGCCUUUCUUUGUGGAUCACAACUGUCGCUCAACGACCUUCAUCGACCCCCGGCUGCCCCUCCAGAGCUCUCGCUCCACUGGGCUCCUGGCCCACCGCCAGCACCUGAGCCGCCAGCGAAGCCACAGCGCUGGGGAGGUGGUGGACGACUCUCGCCAGGCCAACCCGCCCGCCAUGCCCCGCCCCUCCAGCACUUUCAGCGGCUCAAGAAGUCAGUACCCGGACGUGGUGCCUGUGGCAUACAACGACAAGAUCGUGGCGUUUCUGCGACAACCAAACAUUGUUGAGAUCCUGCAGGAAAGGCAACCUGAGCUCGCCAGGAACCACUCGCUCAAGGAGAAGGUGCAGUUUAUACGCAACGAGGGGGUCAGCGGAUUGGCUCGUCUCUCCAGCGACGCUGACCUCGUCAUGCUGCUGAGCUUAUUUGAAGAGGAGGUGAUGUCAUACGUACCGCCAUUACUCCACCCCAGUCACUGCCUCUCCUCUCCUCAGAGCUCCCCUGGCACCCAGCGAGCAAAUGCUCGUGCCCCUGCUCCCUAUAAACGAGAUUUUGAGGCUAAACUGAGGAAUUUCUACCGAAAGCUGGAGACCAAAGGUUACGGACAGGGACCGGGGAAAGUGAAGCUCAUCAUACGCAGGGAUCACCUCCUGGAGGACGCCUUUAACCAGAUCAUGUGCUACUCUCGUAAAGACCUGCAGAGGAGUAAACUUUACGUCAGUUUUGUGGGCGAGGACGGGCUGGACUACAGUGGACCCUCCAGAGAGUUCUUCUUCUUGGUGUCCAGAGAACUGUUCAACCCGUACUAUGGUCUGUUUGAAUAUUCAGCCAAUGACACGUACACGGUCCAGAUCAGCCCCAUGUCCGCCUUCGUAGACAACCACCAUGAAUGGUUUCGCUUCAGUGGGCGUAUCCUGGGUCUGGCUCUCGUUCAUCAGUACCUGCUUGAUGCCUUCUUUACACGACCCUUCUACAAGGGCCUUCUUCGCAUCCCGUGUGACCUGAGCGACCUGGAGUUCCUAGACGAGGAGUUCCACCAGAGCCUGCAGUGGAUGAAGGACAACGACAUUGAAGACAUGCUGGACCUCACCUUCACUGUCAAUGAGGAGGUCUUUGGACAGAUUACAGAGAGAGAGCUGAAGCCGGGCGGUGCUGGUAUCCCCGUGUCAGAGAAGAACAAAAAGGAGUACAUAGAGCGAAUGGUCAAGUGGCGUAUAGAGAGAGGAGUGGCGCAGCAGACGGAGAGCCUGGUCCGAGGCUUCUAUGAGGUGGUGGAUGUGCGCCUUGUGUCCGUGUUUGAUGCCAGGGAGUUGGAGCUGGUGAUUGCGGGCACUGCAGAGAUCGACCUGGCAGACUGGAGGAACAACACAGAGUACAGAGGAGGUUACCAUGACAACCACAUAGUGAUUCGCUGGUUCUGGGCAGCUGUGGAGAGGUUCAACAAUGAGCAGAGGCUGAGACUACUGCAGUUUGUGACGGGCACCUCCAGUAUUCCCUAUGAGGGGUUUGCCUCUUUACGGGGCAGCAAUGGACCUCGGAGAUUCUGUGUGGAGAAGUGGGGAAAAAUCACCUCUUUACCCAGGGCUCACACCUGCUUUAAUCGCCUGGACCUCCCCCCGUACCCGUCCUUCUCCAUGCUCUAUGAGAAGCUGGUCACUGCUGUGGAGGAGACCAGCACGUUCGGUUUGGAGUAACGUCAUAUCAGCUUUCACACAGGUUUACCUUUGGAGACAGAACAAUCUGGAAAUCCACCAUUAAGACUUAAAAGAGACCUGGAAAAAUAAAACUAAUAUCCUCAAAAGGCAACUAACCCCUCCUGUGGAUAACUCUGCUGUGUUUUUAAGCUGGCUUUUUGUCACCCAGCAUGCAAGCUUCAAUCGAUUCUCUGCCUUUCUCUCUCAUAUCAAACAGAAGCCGAUGACAUGAGCACGGUUUAGAAGAAAGGCAGAAAAUCAGAGGUCGGUUUGAAAAGCUCUGUAGUACAAUUUCUUGUUUUCAUGGUUACCUUUGUUCAUGGAGCCACAUGUGUGCUUUAUCUCUUCAGUUAAUGGCCUUGUUUACUGGAUUUCUAGCACCCCCCUCCUCCUCCUACUCCGGACUGCACCUCAGAGACAGCUGCUCAAAAUCCACUAAGCUCCCUUCUCCCUCUCUGGACCUCUAAACUGUGUCCUCUCUGCACUGAGGCUGCGUCAUUAUGAACUAUAAUACACACACCGAUCACCUUUGCACAAAACACACACAAAUAUGGAACAUGCUCUUUUUUUUAAAUGAUGCAAACUUGUGUUUCCCUUAAUAUUUUUCUAUCAGAAUGGAAAGAAAUUACAUUUUAGAUGUGACUUUUAGACGUUAGCUGGAGGAGGGGUUACACUAGUUUGCACAAAUACAUGAUCACACACACAAACAUAGAGAAGAUAUAAAAAAAAAACUUGUUUUAAGAGUGAAAAGAUUCUUCUUGCACCGUUCUGAUUCCUAAAAAAAGGAAAACUUCUAAAAACAAACUGUAGUGACGUUCAUGGACAGUGUUAGCAACACGUUCUAAUGAUGGCAGGUUCUGGUCAGGACUGUUACCGUACAUGAUGCCACAUCAGAGCUCUUAGGACUCAUCUGAGACAUAAAGCCAUGUUUCUGCAUUUACUCAACAAAUAGUUUGCUUAAUACAUACAGUAUUACAGCAUUAGCAUCGAUGCUGUGAUAGAACUUUCUUACAAUGUAACUCUCACUACAGAAUACAAAUACAUUCACUUACAGUUAAAUAGAAGUGCAGGGUUCCUGUCGUUGAACAGUUCCACACAUUCAUCAUGAGCAAUAGAGGCAUUUUCUCACACUGACAGAUGAAGCCCGCUCAUAACUCUGACACAGCGUCCUUCUCACUGAUCUAAUCGCCUCCCACCUCAUGAAAGUGAUGAAUGUACCAAAUAAGUGACUGAAUGUAUGAACCUCAAGCAACUGUGUUUUGCCCUUUGAGGAAGAUUUGAAGAAGAGGAAACACAAAGUUUGAAGCAGAGGGGGAGGAAAUCAAAGGUGACAGUUGCUUGAGAAACGGGGACGCGUUCCACUCUACGUUGGCACCGCGAACAGGCCUUGAGAAGAGCUGAAAGGACAUAAGCCUGGAGUCACCCAGGUUGCUAGUUUCUGGUGCAUUGGUGGGACCUUUUUUAGUGCCUCUUUGGUUUUCCUGACCGUGAAGUGAAAUUUCAUAAGGGAAGCUGUUUUAUUUCCUGUACAAGUUUGACCAGAUCCAUGUGACCCACAAAUCAAAGAUGGAGAAGGAGCUGCUGUUAAAUUCUCACACAGAUAUCAACUGCACGGGGCAGUAACGUGUGCUCUUAUUACUAAACUACAUUUAUAGCAAAGAACUGGUAAUUUUGUCCUCCGUGAAUGACCUGUCCUGGUGUCAAAAUUAUGUUUAAGGAACAAGAAUCAGCCAUUAGGGCUCAGUGGAUAUCGUACUUUAGAACUAUUGGCAUACAAGUCCAUGCCAGACAAUAGUUUUGUCUUGAAAGCAUGUGAUAGAACAUUUCUCUAACUCUUAAGUGCACGACCCAAACCCUGAGGACCCUCACACACUUUCUUACAUGCACACAAACACACCCUCUAAUACACAUACUUCUUUUCUAUGGGGUGCAUGCAAGAUUACACCUACUGUACAGAGUCCUGUUGGAGUUUGACCACAGGGGCUGGAAUAGAGACAGAGAGCUUCACAGACUUUCCUAUCCCAGCCCCCCCUCUCCCAGUCCAAUACUGCAUGCGGGAUCUCCUCUGUCAGCUCUGUGAGCUGUGCUGGGGCAGAAACCCCUAGAUGGCGUUGUGUACUAGCUCGAUAUUGCAUGCUGAAAUAGUGCAACACACUGUCCUUACUAGCUUUUUUUGCAUGAGGAUUUCGCUAUCCAUUCAGAAAAAGGGGUGAGGAAGCUGGUCAAGUUGUGUCACUUUGGUUGUGGCGCUCACUUGAGGCAUGUGUCCUUAUGCUUACCUGGCACUGUCAUACCCUGAGUGUUAUGCUCAUGGGAGCAGGAUGUAGGGAAUAGGUGCUUUAGUCACUUAGUUUUUGCUCUGGAAUCUGACAACGUGUGAAUGCUGUAGUUUGUUUUCUCUAUGACAGUGUAACGGCGAGUAUUUCGGCAGCAUGUUUCAAAGAUGUUGUUACUUUCACAUGUGCGUGUCUGCCUAUCUUAGUAAUAGGUUGAUGGUUAUGGUUCGUUGCUGGUGGAUCAGUGAUGAAUCAAUAGGGCUGUUUUGAUUUUGUGAAAUGUGAGAGCACAUGUAAGUGUACCAUGUGUGCGGUCCUGUUUGUCUCUUUGUAUAUAAAUGUAUAUGUAUGUCUGUCCUCGUGUGUGUGUAUAAAUAUAUAUUUUGCACCGAAUGUACCAAAGGUUUGGGGCUUGCAAAGUCAACCAUUAGGCCUGCUCUCUGUUUCAGUCUAACACUCACAUCCCACCUGUGGCUUCUGCCAAACCCUUACAGAGAUCCCUCAUGUUUGCUUGAAGGGCAUAUUCGUGGCAUGAACAACAAUGCUUCACAUUAGGAUAGAGCUCAUUCACCUGGUCAGUGGGAUGUUUUCUGCUGCAGAAGACGCAAAGAUUGAUGACUUGCUUCACUUUCAAAUGAAGACAGCUGAACAUCUCAUUUUUCCUAGAUCAUUUCUGACAGGACCCGGCUCCAGUUUUCAGAAUUCCACUCUAUGCAAAGCUCCUGUAUGUGUGUCUCCAUCUCACCCCAAUGAUUGUAAUAAAAGAGAAAAUAUGGCAAAUUUUGAUUAAUGAUA